AUGACGUUCCCACCGAAGCAAGAGUAUUUAGACGAAAACCCAGAGGCUCCAGCUCUAGUAUAUCCCAAAUCAAUCGUCAAAACUAUUGAUGCAGUACUGGACUACAGCAAUUCGUAUCUUGGUGACGACAAGUUCAUACAGAUUAUCGAGAAAGCCCGACUCACUAGCGUCCCUACACGAUUGGAUCUGCGUGGCAAUUGCUUCGAAGCUGGUGCUGCUCGAGAACUUGCGGCACUAUUGCGCACCUUUCACAAUGUGGUUGCCAUCAGUCUGGAGUGGAACAACGUAGGUCUGCUGGAUCAAGGGGUGGAAGCUCUCGCAAGCCCCGAGGGUGCCAAAGCACUCGCAAAAGCUCUCCGAAUCAAUCGAACACUGCGUCAAUUGGACUUGCGCUGGAAUGAGAUUGGGAAUCCUGGAGUGCUGGCAUUUCGUGAGGCGUUGCAGAGCAACCACUCGCUAUUGACACUGGAACUCAUGGGCAACAAUUGCAGCUUGAAGCACGUAGAUGAAAUCGAGCUACUCCUGGCUAGAAAUCGUGCUUUCACGGAGAGACCACCGCCUCUGGCAGUCGAUGCGUCGUGCCAAAACGAUGAGGAGAACAACGAAAGCCCGAAAACUGCUCCGGAUGAUCAGCUACUACUUCAAGUCCUAGCGGAGAAAGAGGAGCUGGAGACAACGAUAAGUCUAGGCAAGCGAGAACGGCAGAAAAUGAUAGAGACAGCUGAAGAGCUCGAACUACAGCUGCAACAAGCUCGCAAAGAUACUGAGAUGGCAAAAGAAGAUCGAGACCGCUAUCAGCAACGUGAGAUCGAUGCAAAGCGCGACGUCCAUGAGCUGAGGAUGCAGCUGGACGAGCUUGAAACCCGUAGGAAGCUGGAGUUUGAAGAGUAUAGAUUGGCUCGAGCAGCACUUGAGCGUGAGAAUGGCGUUUUUCGGGAGAAAAUUGGGCACACGGAAGCUCUGCGCAGCAAAGAAGCAGAUCAGAAGGACAAGCAGAUUUCUCAACUGGAAGAGACCAAAUAUGCCUUAGACAACGAGCUGCAUCGCUCGUCUAUCACGAUAAGGACGCAAGAAGAAGAAAUCGGCAAGCUACAGAAACAACUUCAAGAUGCUCAACAGGAUUACACCCGCAAACUAACCACGUUGGUGUCGGACCACGAAGGAAAGCUAAGUGCGGCUCAACGGCAGCAUGAUAUGGUUGUUGGGUCCAUGCAGACGCAGCUCAGCUACUCCUCCACACAGCUUGAAACGAGUGAACGGAGUUUUCGUGAGCUCAAGGAAAAAUGCGAAGCUCUACAAUCGAAAGUGCUGCAGUCUCAGAUUGACCAGGAGAAGGCAAUUGGGGAUCUGAAGCAGCAGUGGGAAGCAGAGCUGGAGGAACGCAUCCAGCGCUCGGUUGGGUCGGUCGAGGCUCAAGUGGCAGAGGUGAAGAAGGCGCGACAGCACCUUGAGCGAGAAGUAGAAAAACACCUCGAAACCAUUAUCCACCUCCGCCAGCAGAAUGUAUCUCUACAGCAAGCAAAGGAUGAAAAGCAGCAUGAAAUGGAGACUGCGUUGGAGACGCAAGUCAAGGUGCUGCACGAGAAACAAACGCUGCUAGCUGCCGCGGUGAGCGAACGAUCUCGCAUCGAGGAGAAGUUGCAGCUUCAGCUACGUAAGAUGGAGGAACAGGACGCUCGACUCGUGCAGAUGCAGGCAAACUUCGACGAACGGAUUCAGACUCUGACUGCCAGCGCAAAGAUUGCGGCUGAGGAGAGCGCCACCACCUUGAAGGAGAGGGCAACGCUGAUCGCGUCUCUUGAGGGUCAUGUGCUUCAACUCGAGCGGGAGCUGUCAGCGCAGAACCAUGAGCACGAAAAGCGCAUCGACGACUUGGCGGAAAGCUUUGGACGUUUCGUACAGGAUCAAAUCGGUAAAGAGCGCGAACGACGCAAGAAACUGUCAGCGACGCCAAGUUCCGACCUCUAA